AUGAUCAAGUUCAUCUUGAUGGUGAACAAGCAGGGCCAGACCCGACUAGCUCAGUACUAUGAGUUCCUGAGCGUCCGAGAGCGCGUCACGCUGGAAGGGGAGUUGAUCCGCAAGUGCCUUUCGCGGAGUGAAAGCCAGUGCUCCUUUGUGGAAUACAGGGACUAUCGCGUUGUUUACAGGCGGUAUGCUUCUUUGUAUUUCAUUGUCGGAAUAGACAACGAUGAGGAUUGCAACGAGCUUGCGAUCUUGGAGUUCAUCCACACCCUUGUAGAGACUCUGGACAAGUACUUCGAGAACGUUUGCGAGCUGGAUAUCAU